GCCAUGUUCUUGGUUCUCGCAUACCCCAUCGGCCCGCUCUAGAGGGCGCCUCUCGACCCAAUGGCUUGGGUUGCGUUGAGCGGGUGCAAAAAAGUUCGCUGUGCCCCCGUUGAACCAGCUGGCUCUCGACGGCUCCUGGCAGUUGUGUGCAUCACAGGUUAGAAGAGAGUAUGACUGACGAAGCAGCUUGCCGCUCAUCUCUGUUACUCACUGCUGCCACCACCUGUCGCUCUGCUACUCAUCGAGCACCUGUCUCCAUGUCGGCCGGGUUAUAAGUAGCCCUUUUUGAUAACUUCUCCGAGCAUCGCUCAGCCCUGGUGUAUCAAACUUUCCUUCCCCCCACACUCUGUCCAUCCUCUUGUUCACAAAGCAUUGCUCCUCUUCUCGCCUUCUUUCACGUGCCUCUUAUCACGCCUGCCUACAAUGACGAGCCCGGAUUCCUGGUCACAACGUCUUCGAGAGCAUUGCCUGGUCCGCGGUAUACCAGAGCCAACUUAUACGGAUCUUUCGGAUCGCCGAGGAGGCCGAACUGCUUGGACCACCAUGGUCUCUGUCAGUGGUACCAAUUACCAGGCUCGCUUCUGGUACGAUGGCGACUAUCUUUCUCAGGCAAAAGAAGACUGCUCCGAGGUUGCGCUGAGGGCCAUGACUGGAUAUGUGAAUUCUGCACAGACGCCGCCACCAGCAAGCCACUAUCGAAGCUUGGGCACGCAGAUGAAUCAGAGUAUUACUUCUUGAAUGAAUGGCCGGGUGCCUCUCGCCUGGGCUAUGUUUGCUCGAACUCAUUGAAAUUGGCGCGAGAGACAAAGUCAAAUUGAUGGGAAUCAGGAAUCCAAACGCUCGAGUCACGAUUUCUUCGUGAUCGACAAUAUUCACUCCUUUUUUUCGUAGUUGUUUUUUAUGUUGUUAUCAUUGGAAAGCUGGUGGUCAUAGUGGCUUAUCGACAUUGUCAACUUGGUUUUGCUUGGAUUAAGGUAGGGGAGAGGGGGAAACGGGAUAUGGGUCAAUGGGGGGAAACCGGGCCGGGAGGUAAAAUUCGUAUUUCGAAAUGUACUUGCAUUCGUUUACUUAGCAGUUUGGCCACCUAGUGGCUUUUUGCUAUUUCUGCCCUGCAUUUUUUUGUAUCAAUACUAGGUUCAUUUUUUCCUCU